GCCCUGCCCCCUGGGAGAAGCGCAGCCAGGACUCCAUUUCACUGGCUGGCCCCGUCCCAGGUGCACGUGGCUGGGGAACUGCGCAGGGGAGCCCCGGGAUCCUCGCUGGGAGCAGCCCACCAGAGCCUCAUUCUAGUGGGCCAGCCUUCCUGCAAGCCGUGGCCCUAAGGGAGAGCUGCCCCUGCGAUCCCCAGCCGUGGGACUGUUGGCCCAGCUGGCCGGGAAGGUGCGCCGGAGUCCUGGCUGCUGUGAGAGGGUGAUGAUGCUGGCCAUGGGGCAGGUGCUGCUGUUGGUCCUGGCGAUGGCAGUUGCCCAGGAAUCUAUGCUGAACGUGUGCAUGGAUGCCAAGCACCAGAAAACCAAGCCUGGACCGGAGGAUAAGCUGCAUAAACAGUGCUCUCCCUGGAAGGACAACGCCUGCUGCACACUCAACACAACUCAGGAGGCCCAUGAAGACGCCUCCUAUCUGUACAAUUUCAACUGGAACCACUGCGGGAUCAUGUCGGAUAGAUGCAAGAAGCACUUCAUCCAGGACACCUGUCUCUACGAAUGCUCCCCCAACUUGGGGCCCUGGAUCGAAAAGGCGGACGUGAGCUGGCGGAAGGAGAGGAUCCUGGACGUGCCGCUGUGCCGGGAAGACUGCGAGGGAUGGUGGGAGGACUGCCAGGAUGACCUGACCUGCAAGGAGAACUGGCACAAAGGCUGGAACUGGACCAAAAAAGUGAACGAGUGUCCGGUGGGCGCAAUGUGUCAGAAGAUGAAGAGAGUGUUUCCGACUCCCCGAGAUUUGUGCGAAAAAAUCUGGAGCAACUCUUACAAAUACACCGACUUUUCCCGGGGAAGUGGACGCUGCAUCCAGAUGUGGUUUGAUCCUGUCAACGGCAACCCCAACGAAGCAGUGGCCAAGUACUACGCGUCGUCAGGAGAGACCUUGGCCUUCCGCUCAGCCUUGACUCUGUUGCUCUGUUCAGCCCUCCCGGGCUUGCUCUGAGGGCGGCAGGGACACUCGGCUCAUGAGAACUGUGGGCAACAUCAGCAAGGUGGGGGGGGGUACCUUCCCUUCUCCCCCACCGUGGCUGGAGUCCCCUGAGAUGCAGCUGUUCCUCAAGAGCUGUCAUCCAGGUGCAUCUGCAGGAGCUCCUAGUGAUCUCCUGCUCUCCUUUGAAUGGGAAGCUGAGCUUGAUGUUGAGCACAAGAAGGCCACCUAAAGAGAAUAAAUGUCUUCCACGACCAGU